CGGACCACCGCGGGUGAGAAAAACCUCACAACUGCGUUCGGCAAGCUCACGCGUAGUCAGUGUGUUCAGAGCUCUAGUAGGUGAACCACGGACAACGCAUUCGCUUCCAUUCCGAUGUCAAUGUUACUGCGGUACCCUCCCUUGCAAGCUGGUCCGCUUCCCAGUUUCCAGCGAUUCAGCGGUGACCAAAUACCCACACAAGUGGGUAGAAGAUGUUAUACACUCCCUAACUAAUUUAAAGCGUACUGUCAUCGAAGCCAAGACCAAUAUUGCCGCUCUGUCAGAUUUAUAAACAGCUUGUAGUUUCAUGGGUCCAGUCCAUAAAGCUUGUGUUUCUCAAAUAAGUCGUGUAUGUCGGACAAUUUAUGAUAAUUGUGGAUCGCAGGAACAAUCCUUAUGAACUCUGACAUAAAUUGGACCAAUCCUUGCUAUCUAAAAAGUGAAAAAAACACAUCGCCUUGAGAUGUACCUUGUGUUAUUCAUUCCAUCUUCAACACAGACUAAGUGAUAAAUAGUGGAAAUCGGAGGAGAGUUUUUGUCAAAUAUUUCUAGUCUCACUCUGUUUUAAUAGCUGGCAUAUUCAAAUUCAUAAAUAUAUCUUCCUGAAAGUCUAUUUUAGUGCAAUAAAGCCGGUACAAAUAUAUUUUGUCCUUCAUGUGUAAGUUUAUCAAGUUAACCCAUUCGCAAUGAGAAACAUUUACCGCUAUUGAAUAGCUCGGAAAAUAGACAAUUCAAAGUUUUGCUUUCAAAAGUACACUGGCAACAUGCAGAAUAGAAAAUAGUCAAAGCCGCAAAAGUAAGUCGAAUAACAAAAAGUUUUGCUUUGCAGAGAAGCACUCUCAAUUACAACUUAUACAAUCUAACAACCUUCCUGAAACCAUUGAAGCAAAACUGAAAUAAACCCAACGAACACACCCCCUAAAGCGUGCACCCACAUGUUUACUUUUAAAUAGCCACAUACGGUUAACUGUAUUUCUUGGUGUUGUUGGUGUGUAUACGCACAGCCCACAUUUCGUAGCGCACCCAUAGUCGGGAAGCUGACAUGCAAACUUUCUGCAUAGAUUCAUGUUAUAAAUAUUAUCAAUGCUCGUACGAAGGUAAAAGCUAGAGUUUCAAUGCUCCACUCCUGCCGAUUGAUCUAUAAAUAGUACGAACAACCCCAACCCCAACCCUAACCACACUUUACAAUGGUUGUCGACCGAGAAUUCGCUAGUAUAAUGAACAUAUUGUACAUAUUGGCAGCGCGCAUUGCUGGACACGCCGUGCGGCGACUGAGAGAGAGUACAUGCGAGAGAAAGUUCAUGUGCAAAUGCCAACCAACGCGACCGAAGAACGUGCAGACAUGUGUGGCGUGUACUUGGGACCCCUGUUGCACUGCUGACGCUCGCGCGUUGGCCGUUGGUGCCGGCCACAUCACACAGCGCACACAACACGAAGAAAGGUGCCGUCGUUGUGAUGUGCUGGCUUGGCAUUGAUGUUGGCGAUGGCGUUGAAACGUGAUUGUGCGAUAACACAUUUGCGAAUAAAACAAAUUGUUGCCGACGCUGGAGGCUCAGUCGUAGGAAUAACGUCGCACAGCAUUAUCCAAUAAAACAUUGAAUUGAAAAACAAAAUAUUUUAGUACAAAAAAUAUUAGUGAAAAGUACUAAAACGAAUAGUUUUUAUACCACAAAAGUGCAGUGCAUUUUCCUAAAAGUGCUUUUUAUUGAAGAAAAACUCUUAAAAUAAGUGUAAGAAACUCAGUUCGUAUUUAAAAAAAACACCAGUUUCAAAAUGGAAGGCGAAUCAACGGAAUCUACACACAACACCAAAGUUUCGGACUCUGCAUAUUCGAACAGUUGCAGUAACUCGCAGUCACAGCGCAGCGGCAGUUCGAAAUCACGUCUAAGCGGUAGUCACUCAUCUGGCAGCAGCGGCUAUGGCGGCAAACCAUCAACGCAGGCUAGCAGUAGCGACAUGCAUAUUAAGCGCGUCAAAGAUAAGACACGCAAGAAGAAGAAGUUAAAGAGUUCGGCACAAACGAAUAUUCUGGAAAAUCAGGAUGAUGUCCCAAAUACCAGUGAACCACAAAUUGAGGAGCAAAUCUCAUUGGGCUGCGACAAGGCAAUCGCACAAUGCAGUCGCCAGAAGGAGAAUAAAGAGACGUCAUUAUUGCUGGAGAAGGAGACAACCGAACAAACUAAAUCGGAGAUUUCAUUGCAAUUUCCCACACCAUCACCGUUAUCUACUACCACACAGCAAGGUGGUAAGUCUGAGAGAACCUGUGAAUCGGCACCAGGGAAAUUAGAAAGCUCUGGCAAGGCAGAAAAACUUAAGGAGGAGAGCUUCUGCUGCGUAAUAUCGAUGCAUGAUGGCAUCGUACUCUUCACAACGCCCAGCAUUACCGAUGUACUCGGUUUUCCACGCGAUAUGUGGUUGGGACGUUCGUUCAUCGACUUCGUACAUCCCAAGGAUCGUGCCACAUUCGCCAGUCAAAUAACGACCGGCAUACCAAUUGCAGAAUCACGCAAUAGCGCACCGAAAGAUGCGCGCAGCACGUUCUGCGUGAUGUUACGUCGUUAUCGCGGCUUAAAAUCUGGUGGUUAUGGCGUCAUUGGACGUCCGGUGAGUUAUGAACCCUUCCGUUUGGGACUGACAUUCCGAGAGGCACCCGAGGAGGCGCGUCCGGACAACAAUCUCGUAUCGAAUGGUACGAAUAUGUUGCUAGUCAUAUGCGCCACGCCCAUCAAGAGCUCAUAUAUAGUGCCAGAUGAGAUACUCUCGCACAAAAGCCCGAAAUUCUCCAUACGUCACACAGCGACGGGUUUAAUCUCGCAUGUGGACAGCGCCGCCGUGUCCACAUUGGGCUAUUUGCCACAAGAUCUUAUUGGACGUUCAAUAUUUGACUUUUAUCAUCCGGAAGAUCUUAUGGUGUUGAAGGAGAUCUACGAAACUGUUAUGAAGAAAGGACAGACAGCGGGCGCUUCGUUUUGUAGCAAACCCUAUCGUUUUCUCAUACAGAAUGGUUGCUAUAUAUUAUUGGAAACAGAGUGGACUAGUUUUGUGAAUCCGUGGUCGCGUAAACUGGAAUUCGUAAUAGGACACCAUAGAGUGUUUCAAGGACCCAAACUUUGUAAUGUUUUUGAUACGGCACCCACUAAUAAGCCAAAGCUUUCCGACGAAGUACGUAGUCGGAAUAUGCGCAUCAAAGACGAGAUACUCAAACUACUGGAGGAGUCGAUAUCGCGACCGUCGGACACUGUAAAGCAGGAGGUAUCGCGUCGUUGUCAAGCGUUAGCUUCCUUCAUGGAGACACUAAUGGACGAGGUGACGCGCACAGAUCUGAAACUCGAGCUACCACAUGAAAAUGAGUUGACAGUCUCCGAACGAGAUUCGGUGAUGUUGGGCGAGAUUUCGCCACACCAUGAUUACUACGAUAGCAAGAGUUCGACGGAAACGCCGCCCAGCUACAAUCAAUUAAAUUACAAUGAGAAUUUGCAGCGUUUUUUUAACAGCAAGCCUGUUACCGCGCCCGUCGAGGUCGACCCAAUGAAGAACGAACAGUCCUACAGUAUUUCGGCUGAUGCACGUAACACGCUCAGUCCGGUGCAGUGUUUCGAAGGCAGCGGUGGUAGUGGGUCUUCAGGAAAUUUUACAUCCGGCAGCCACAUACACAUGAGUAGCAUUACCAAUACAAGCAACGCCGGUAACGGCACCUCAUCAGGCAGCGCACAGUUGGUGACGUUAACCGAAUCGCUAUUAAAUAAACACAACGACGAAAUGGAGAAGUUCAUGUUGAAGAAGCAUCGCGAGGCACGCGGCCGUUGCGGCGAGAAGAGUAAGAAGGCAACCGAAAAGGUGAUGGAGUAUAGUGGACCGGGGCAUGGUCUUAAGCGUGGCGGUUCACAUUCGUGGGAGGGAGAUGCCAACAAACCUAAGCAUCAGCAUACAAAUGUAAUGGACACGCAACGCGAUUACGUGGAUCACCACAAUAUGGCGACAAAUUCAACUAACAAAGCGUACGGCACGCUACAAACCACACUGGGUGAUACAUCCUUUGCGGGUUCGUAUGCGGCAGCCGGGCUUUCCUGCACGCGCAACGUCAAUCUCUGGCCACCAUUCUCGGUGGGCAUCAACACUUCGCACACAUCGCAGACGGUGGCCCAGAGUGGUUUCACACCACAACACAGCAUCUUCCCGACAUUCUAUUACAUACCAGCCACCGCAGCAGCUGCAGCAGCAGCCGCCACACAGACGCACGUCAAACCCAAUCUGUCCGACAUGCCGAGCACGUCGGCUCAGGCGCUGCCGCUGCAAUAUAUGACAGGCGUUAUGUAUCCACAUCCCUCACUCUUCUACACGCAUCCGGCGACAGCAAUGAUGUACCAGCCCAUGUCCUUCUCAAAUAUGGCCAAUUCGUUGACCUUUUCGGAUCAGGGCAGCAGCGCGAGCGCUUUCAAAACGAAUCAACCUGUUAUGUUGGCGCCGACGCCUACAAAGACUCAGGGCGCGUUCCACUCGAUCACACCUGCGCAACUGCAACGUCCGUCGUCGCAAGCGACUUCGAUAAAGGCCGAACCCGGUUCGAACAUGGCGCCUUCGGAUUCAUCGAAAAAAGGUAUUGCUGACUCACCAAUUCCAUCGGUUAUCGGCGAUUAUGUGUCGGAUCAACUCAAUCCAAAUGAUCUGAAGCCCAACACCGAUAGCAAUGCCAACAGUGAUGACAUGGAUGGUUCCAGUUUCUCGUCUUUUUAUUCCUCCUUUAUAAAAACCACCGACGGCUCGGACAGUCCACAAGAAAACGAUAAAGAAGGAAAACAUCGAAAAUAUAAGGUACAAAACGACUCUAAAUCGAUGGAGAAUGCAGAGGAAGACCAGACAUUACAUGGUGACGGUUAGAUACACGUGAGUUGGUGAAUUGCUCAACAACGUGAUGACAAGUUUUGUGGCAACGUGACGAUCAGUAAGCGGCAAUUUUAUUUACAAAAAACUAUACCCAUACAAAUCCACUUUGGCACAACUUUGAUACAAAGAAGUAUUAGCGCAAGUAUUGUCGCUGGCAUUAUACAAUUAAAUGCUGAAAAUCAUAAUUUGCGUUUCGCUACGUAACGUAUUGUGACGACGCUAUGGUUAUGAACCCCAUUUUUUUAAACGGACGUAGUCUUCAUUAUAA